AUGGAUCCAAGCCUGCAAAGAGAACGGGAGCUAUUCAAAAAACGAGCUCUUUCCACUUCUGGUGUUGAAAACAGAUCAGGAACUGCCAGCUCAUCGUCAUCCUCAUCACCAAAGAAGAAGAAAGCAAAACUAGACCAUGGAGGUUCAUCAGGCGCUAAACAAAAUUCUGAUCAUAGUAACAGAUCAUUGAACUUGAAGGCUCUGUCGGGAAGCUCUGGAUAUAAGUUUGGUCUUCUUGCGAAGAUUGUGAAUCACAUGAAAACACGGCAUCAGAGAGGAGACACACACCCUCUCACUUUGGAAGAAAUUCUGGAUGAAAUACAGCAUUUAGAUAUCGGACUCACACAGAGGCAGUGGCUUAUGAGUGAGGCUUUAGUCAAGAAUCCCAAAAUUGAAGCCAUCAACGGGAAGUAUGCCUUCAAGCCCAAGCACAGCCUGAAAGGUAAGAAGGGCCUGCUCCGGCUCUUACAGCAGCAUGAGCAGCAAGGCCUGGGAGGGAUUCUUCUGGAAGACAUCGAUGAAGGACUGCCCAAGGCCCAGAAGGCUCUCAAGGCCGUAGGGGACCAGAUACUAGUUGUCAACCGACCUGAUAAGAAGAAAAUUGUUUUCUUCAAUGAUAAGAGCUGUGAAUUGUCUAUCGAUGAGGAGUUUCAGAAACUGUGGAGGAGUGUCCCUGUGGAUUCCACGGAUGAGGAGAACAUUGCAAAGUACCUGAGGCAUCGGGGUCUUUCCUCCAUGCAGGGUUCCGGACCCAAGAAAGUGGCCCCUGUCCAGAGAAGGGCAAAGCCCGCUGUGCAUAAGAAGCAGCGCUGGAAGAUGCAGAACGAGCACUUGGCGGGAGUGCUGAAGGAGUGCUCGAGCUCGGCGCCGGGGAAGUAG